AUGUCAGAAUACAGGGCAGUGACCAGUGCAUACUACAGAGGUGUGGUGGGGGCGAUGCUAGUGUAUGACAUUACCAAGCGGCAAACAUUUGAUCAUGCGGCCAAGUGGUUAAAGGAGUUACGGGGCCAUGCUGACAAAAAUAUUGUCAUCAUCCUUGUGGGCAAUAAAUCUGACUUGGGGUCCCUUCGAGCUGUACCUACAGAGGAUGCAAAAGAGUUUGCCGAAAGGGAGAACCUCUUCUUCAUGGAGACAUCGGCCCUCGAGGCCAUUAAUGUUGAAUCGGCCUUCCUCACGGUCCUCACAGAAAUUUACCGGAUCAUCAGCAAGAAGGCUCUUGUUGCCAAUGAAGAAGCUGCUGCGGCGGGAAAUUCAUCACUCCUCAAGGGAACAAAUAUCCUUGUCCCUGGACAGGAGCCAGAACCUGAACGGAGGAUCAGCUGUUGCAGCUCUUCGUAGGAUUGCAAUUUUUACCGUCAGUUAAUAUCUGACAUGAUCACAAUCUUAUUUUUUCA